CACUCUUUCGCUCUUUAAUUUCCGUCUCAUUUUUUUCUGAUCCAAUUCGAUUCCCAUUCUCUCUCUCAGCACCAAAAUCCUCAGAGUUUUCGGUUAGGGAGGGAAUUCUCUAGGGAAUGAAUAAAAGAGUGGGGUUUUUUGAGAGUAUCUUGAGAAUUCCUGAGAUGGGUCAUUUUUGGUUUAGUUGGGUUUUGGUUGUGUUGUUGGUGUUGUUGGGGGUUAGUGUGAAGGGGUACCCAGUUGAGGAUCUGGUUGUGAAACUGCCUGGACAGCCUAAGGUUGAGUUUAGACAGUAUGCUGGGUAUGUUGAUGUGGAUGUCAAGGCAGGAAGGAGUCUGUUUUACUAUUUUGUUGAGGCAGAGAGCCAAACGGACAAGAAGCCCCUAGCUCUGUGGCUCAAUGGAGGUCCAGGUUGUUCCUCUAUUGGAGGAGGUGCCUUUGCAGAGUUGGGUCCAUUUUAUCCUAGAGGUGAUGGUCGAAGCCUUCGAAAAAAUUCAAUGUCAUGGAGUAGAGCAUCAAAUCUCCUUUUUGUUGAGUCACCUGCUGGAGUAGGAUGGUCAUACUCGAACACAGGUUCAGAUCAUACUUGUGGAGAUGCCUCCACUGCUAAGGAUGUGCUUGUAUUUAUGUUGAAAUGGUACGAGAAGUUUCCAGACUUCAAAUCCAGAGAACUGUUUCUCAUAGGAGAAAGCUACGCAGGGCAUUACAUACCACAAUUGGCUAUUGCUCUACUGGACUAUAAUGCACACUCAACGGGUUUCAAGUUCAAUAUCAAAGGGGUUGCUAUUGGAAAUCAACUUCUAAGACUUGAUCGGGAUGUUCCAGCAACCUACGAAUUCUUCUGGUCACAUGGAAUGAUUUCUGAUGAAGUUGGCCUUACCAUCAUGAACAAAUGUGAUUUUGAUGAUUAUGUCUUCGCAAGUCCUCACAAUCAGACGGACACUUGUAACAACGCCAUAAAUGAAGCAAACAACAUUGUUGGCGCAUAUAUAGACAAUUACGAUGUGAUCCUUGAUAUUUGUUAUCCUUCUAUAGCCGAGCAAGAGCUGAGACUUCGGAAAGUGCAAGCUCAAGUCCUUCCAACCUCUCUGCCUGUGUCCAAUUCUCCGACGACCGGCGACACCUGGUUCAGCAGAAAAGCCUUGGCUAGUGAUAUUCCUUCGCUACAUCGAGAGCUUCUUAAGGGUUAUUCUCAGCCAGCUGCUCCGAAUCCAGACACCUAUAUCCCAGCUUCAACAAGCUCUUCAACCAAUCACAAAACGGCACCUGCACCAUCGCCGGAGUUUCCUUUCCAACGCCGAAAGCUUCUUAAGGGUUAUACUCGGGCAUCUACUCCGAAUCCAGCCACCUAUAUCCCAGCUUCAACCAAUCACAAAGCUGCACCACCACCCUUGCCGGAAUUUUCUUUGCUACGCCGAAAGCUUCUUAGGGAUUAUACUCCGCCAUCUGCUCCGAGUCCAGACACAUAUAUUCCAGCUUCAGCGAGCACUUUAGCCAAUCACAAAACAACACCUGCACCAUCUCGAAACUAAGUACAGCAAAGGCUAGCUAGCUGAUAUAUAGUUAAGAAUUUUGUUACCCUGGUUGAGUUGGUUAAACUAAUAUAUUGUAUGGAUUAUAUAAUAAUAUGAAUUUGGGUUUGUCUUGGACUUUCA